GUCAUUUGCGGUGCGAAAUAAGCCUGCGCGAUUAUCCCCGAAAGGUCACCCUUCGUCCUACACGUUGGCAUUUACGAUUCUGCGCAAUUCUUCUCAAAGUGACUAACAUGCGAAGAAUGCGGCAACAAAGUGGCUGGCUAAUCAGUAUGGAUUUGUUGUUUGAGCCGCUGUGAGUUAGUAAAUUGGUGAAUUGGCAAUUGAUUGCUGGUAGCGUAUUGUGUGGCUGUGUACACAAGGCCGCAAUUGAUUCCGCUGCCGACGGGCAUCAGUGGACGGAGAUUGCGCAAAGUGGCCUAAGCGGAUUGGCCGGCUUCUAAGCCAGCUAAAGCGGAUUCCUGGCUUUGCGGCUCAUUGUCGAGUAAGCGCAUUGUGCGGCAGUGCAUCGCUGUACUGUACAUGUUGGGUGAAUUAAGGGAAGCCCUGGUUGUUGUCUUGUCUUGAGCGUGUCCCGCUUCUUCUCGUUGCCGGGAUUAUCCGCUGUUCCGCUGGCUGCGGGAUUGAAUUGGGCUGGAUUGGGCCGGAUUGGAGGGAAUCGCGGACGGGAUGCGGCUAAUCGGCUAAGCGAUUCUAAUCGCAGAUCGCGGAGAGAAGGGAAUUCAUUAGCGAUUAGUGUGGACUUAGGCCGGGAUUGUUAGCAACCCAAUACCUACGCGUACAGAUAGACGCUGUAGCCAGCCGAGCCCAUCUCCAUCUCAUCCGCUCAUUCCGCUAUUUUACCCGAACUGAAGCGCCGGGAUUCGGGACUGGGAUUUCCACGACAGCCGCUGCGGGCAGAGCUCGGGACAGUCGACUACUUGCUCUUGCUGCUUACGAGAAUCGGAUGAAAAGAUGUAGGCCGAUGCGGCAUUAGCAUCAGCAUCAGCAUUAGUGGGCCAUUAUCCGCCUCGUGAAUCUCUGAUCGCCAAUUCGCCGUUAAUGCCGGCAGCAGUAUAAUUCCAUAUUGGCCGGGUACUGUGCACUGUCGUGCAGCGGAAACACGACGUUGGUCGUCUUGGAAUUGGGGAAUCCUUGCAAUUCUGGCUAUCGGCUAAUCGGAUUAAGGGCCACUUGGUCGGCAUAGGUAGAUAGGUCGGUCCUCUUUCUCCCGUCCCGCUGGCCCGGCGUUAGCGCUGCCGGAUAGGAAAGGAUCCGCACCGGCACCGGCAUUCCUUGGUCACACGCAUCCGCAUCCACUCACCUGUGCAGCACAUGUACCCUGUGUAUGCAGUUCAGAAGGCGACGCCGUUGACUUCGCUUUGUGCGCUGCUGCUAGUCAGUGCUGUUGUGGGGCUGUUCACAUCCCGACACAACUGCGACCAUUGCCCUCCGAAGGAGACACGGCGAAUUGUUAGGCUACUGGAUCGCCAUGGCCGCGUGCUGCCAGUGACGUCUACUGGACGUCCGGUUUUCUGGAUGAGUGACUAACUGAAACCUACGUCGUCAGCACGAUUUAUACGGAAUUUAACUGCUGCUUCUUGGCCGGCCAUCACAUUAUUCAGUUAGGUAGUGCAGGAAACAAGCCGCCGGAAGUACAGCCUACCUUCGACCGCGUCAGCAGCACGGGCAGCAUGCAGCCGUACUACGGCGCCCCGGUGGGCUCGGCGCUAAGCUACGUCCCGGUGGCCCACCUGCACGCCCACGGCCCCUUGAACCACGGUCCACUCCCGGGCCUCUGCGACACCGUCUACAACCUGGCCGCCCUGCAGCCCCUCGGAUGCGGCACCGCCCCCAACAUCAGCCUCCUCUUCCCGCCCUACCCCGCCCCCCUGCCCAGCCACACCUACCGCGCAGACAGCACCUCCAGCGCCGUGGCCCGCAAGCAGCGCCGCAGUCGCACGGCCUUCACCAACCACCAGCUGGGCACCCUCGAAAAGACCUUCGCCAGCACCCACUACCCGGACGUCGGCCUGCGUGAGCAGCUGGCCCUCUGCACCAACCUCCCCGAGUCCCGCAUCCAGGUGUGGUUUAAGAACCGGCGCGCCAAACACCGGAAGCGCCUGAAGAACCGCCCCUGCUCCCCGGACGACGACGGCUCGGACCUGGAAGCCCCGCGGCCACCCCACCGCCUCCCCUCCCCGGUGCCGGUUGCCCUGAACGCCCGCGUCUCGGUCAUUAAGAGCACCAACACCCUCCUGAAGCCCCCGCGGCUCGACGCGACGGCCCUGCCGCCGGCGCCGCUGCCUGCAAGCGCCCCCGCCCCGCAGGGCGGUUACCCGGCCCCUUUCUGGUUGACCGGCGGUGGCUACUACACCUCCGCGGACCUGCCCAGCGGAAUGAAGGCCGAGCGGACACCGGCGGCGCAAGAGUGGACCGGCGCGGCUGUCCAGGCGGCGGUGACCUUACCGGACAGUAUUCAGCACCUGCGCAGUCGGGCGCGCCAGCACGAGGCGGCCCUGCAACUGCAGAGCGCCUGCGGCGGCCGUUAA